AGCUGGUGCUGAAAAUGGAUGUUUAAUCUCCUCAAAUGGGGCAUGCUCCAUUAUUUUAAUGGGAAAACGCUCAUUGCUGUGACGUGGGGCAUGGAGGCAUUAAAUAAGCAAAUUGGGCACCGCCUCGUUUCAUACAUUGGUUGGCUAUUGUUCGGGAAUCAAAUCCAGAUGUCCACGAAUCAUUUUUCAGCCCAGCCCAAUAAAAAAUGUACUUAUGUUUUGCUUUCAAUUGCAGCCUGCGGUUGAAUCAAUGGAAUUUUAAUAAUACCCGACUGAAAAGACGACAAAAGCAGUUCACAACAAACGACAAUGGAAUUGGUGGGUAUAUGGAAGAACAGGUCUGUAAAGAUUUUUCAACCUGAAUGGCUUAAAAUAUCUUUUACAGAGCCCCACUUCAUAACUUACCCUAAAAUAAAGAGAAAGGUAAGAUUGUGUAAUAACAAAUAGCGGGUUAUGGAUGCAUUGCCCAAGGUUCAUCCCCGCUAACUGCGGGUGAGGGAGAUUUGGUACUUUUACAUGGAGCCCUGAAAAACGGACAGAUCAUCAGUAAAAGUAAAGAGCGAGAUAUGAAAUAUCCCUUGGCCUCCUCCCAUGCAGCCUCAUGCGACCUUAUCAUUACAAUCCCACGGGCCACAGCUACUUCUCCCCCUGCCCGCUAUAUGACCGCCCGCUUGGUCAAUAAAACUGAUUCUGUUAGUGUUUGAUGUAUGCUCAAGUAUUGGGCGCAGUCAGACGCAUGCAUCCUGUUUUAUUGGCAUUUGUUUAUUUUUAGAGGGAGAGGCAACUGCAGCGCUUCACGUUUUCAACAUGGCAAUGACAGUGAAUGUGGAUCAAUUUUAACUUUUUUUCAAGAUCAUACAGUGUGUGCUUGAACCAAUGCAAGAUAUUAGGAGGUUGGCAAUUGGAUGGUGAUCACAACAUCUUACCUGCACUGAAUUCCACAACCAAUUGAGGAGCUGUAUUUAAUAGGAGCUGUACAGGACAGAAAAUUAAAGGAGAAACAGAAAUAUAAGUGUCAUGUAUAAAGUGAGCAAUCCCAAGUUGUUUCAAGCUAAACGUUCUAAAGCAACAAUGGCUUCAAGAAAGUCCCAGCGUGAAGGUCCUGCCUCCAGAUCGGGACACCAAUUGGAGCCCAAUCCUCCAAAAGUACCAGUUGAAUUCAAUAUUUUUGGCAAGGGAAUGUUCGAAUUUGACUCAGACAAUGAAAAUAGCAUAGAUGAUCUUUCCACCUCCAGAUCGAACAGCACCAGACCUGAAGAGGAAGAUAUUAAUUUGACACACCACAGACGUCGAAGCCUGCCGAGGGUGCCAUCCAAUGCCAGUGAGGGUGAUCAGGUGAGUAAUUCGUCUGACCAGAAUCCCCAACCAAGUCUCGGUUGGCCCUUGGCAGCCAAAACCGAAAGGCUUUUUCGUGCCAGAAUAAAGAAGCCCGCUACAGCUAUGAAAGUCCAGAUCAUUAACAAAACCCAAGACGAGAAACAAUUAUCAGAAAUGGAAAUGAUGAAAGAAAGGUUUUCCAAAUUACUUCUCGGAGAGGACAUGUCUGGAGGAGGAAAGGGCGUAUCCUCUGCUUUAGCAAUAUCCAAUGCCAUAACCAAUCUAGCAGCCUCCAUUUUUACAGAGCUAUCUAAAUUGGAGCCCUUAGCUCCAGAGCGUAAAACCAUGUGGUGUCGGGAAAUUGGUUGGUUCCUCUCUGUUGUAGAUCAUAUAGUAGAAUUUGUGCCAUCAAGCCAGCACGCGCUGGAUGGAAGCAAUAUGGAGAUUAUGGUGACCAAGCCACGCUCGGAUCUUCAGAUGAACAUACCAGCUCUGCGCAAAUUGGAUGCAAUGCUACUUGAAACUUUGGAGAAAUUCAAGGAGCCUGAGUUUUGGUAUGUGAAUAAAUCCAUGGAGGGAGAUGCAUUCGGGGAUAAUUGUAAUCAACAAAGGCAGGAACAUAAAUGGUGGCUACCCACUCCUCAUGUACCUCCAGGAGGCCUCUCAAGGAAUGCAAGGAAAAUACUACAGAGUCAGAGGGAGUCUGUCAAUCAAAUACUUAAGGCGGCAAUGGCAAUCAAUGCUCAGGUCUUAUCCGAAAUGGAGAUUCCAGAUGCUUACCUGGAAUCCUUACCCAAGGCAGCAAAAGCUAGCCUUGGAGACAUGAUUUAUCGUCAUAUAACGUCAGAUCAAUUCUCUGCGGAAGGUUUGCUGUCUUCACUGGAUUUAUCAUCCGAACACAACAUUCAGGAUAUAAUUAACCGAAUAGAAGCCUCCAUUGCCAUAUGGAAGCGAAAAAUCAACAAGGAGUGUAAAAAUAAUGCAAUGUCGUCUUGGGGAACUAGCCACAGUGAUAAAAAGGAACUCUUUGGUGAAAGAGCUGAGUCUCUUCUGUUACUACUGAAGCUGAGAUUUCGUGGCCUUCCUCAGACAGCACUGGACAUGAGCAAAAUCCAGUACAAUAAGGAUGUUGGCCAAUCGGUACUAGAGAGCUAUUCCCGUGUGCUAGAGAGCCUGGCUUACAACAUACUAUCUCGAAUCGAUGAUGUACUGUAUGCAGACAAUCUCAACAAGCGAGUUCCAUCACGAGGAUAUUAUGAAAGGAGUUCCUCAUCUAGUUCAAUCGCCACCAAUUCUGUGUCUGAAGAUCCAUCUUCCUAUUGGAGUGCAUCUCCUUCUCCAGGUUAUUAUCAAUCUCCAGAUGGCAGUCCUAAGAAGUGUCAAACUGAAACGCAGGUGGUUCAUGCAGAGCAUAACUAUAACCAUUCAAUGCAGGUAGUCCAUGCAGAGCAUAACCAUAACCAUUCAAUUUCUUCAUCACCAUCAAUAGUGAUGACUCUCUCUGAUCACAUCGGCUGGCAGAUUGUCGACCAUAACCCUGAUAAUAAUUGUAAAUUAAAGUUAGAAGAUCUAAUCUCUGCCACCGGACCCCAAAAAUCUCUCAAGAAACUUCCUGAUAUCAUAACAAGCAAGCGGGGUUUUAUUGAAAGGUUAGAGGAUGAGGGUGCUGUCCAUAGUCCAGCUGCUCGAGAUUGAGAAGAAUCAUUUUGUAGAUGUAAUAAUUCGUGUACAGAAUACCAAAUUCUUUUUAUUCAAUUCACGAUUUAGUGGAAUUGAUGUUGAGGAAAGACAUCUGAUUCUCAUCUAGGCAGCAGAGAUCUUGCAGAGAAGAAUUAAAUUUCAGUUACCCGGACUCCUCAUUUUCUCAUAGCAACAAUAUUACCCUUUCUUGUACAAUGAAAACCAAAUGCUCCAGUUUCAUAUUCAUGGGGGUGUGUGGAUAGAUUUUGACCAUUAAGGAAGCAUCACCUUUGGCUUGAAUCCCAAAGUUUGAUAUUGUUGUUUAAAUUAAAAUUUUCUUAACAAUUAUUUUAGGAAAAACACAUUAAAAGAAAAAAGUCAAUCGACCUGAAAGGAAUACCAUUCUUCAUUCCCUUCAGUUCCAUACAGAACAAAGGCAGAGUGCUAUUACUAAUUUUUUGAAAAGCAUAGAUCAAAGAAUCAAAGUUUAGAUUUUGGAUGCAUUUGGAUUAGGUUGUCUGAUAUGUAAUUAUAAGUCUAAAAAGUGGUAUAAACCAUUCUUGUGUUUUUAUCU